UGUCACUCUCUCCUUACCCUGCAUUUGUAUUUAAACCACUAGCUCUAUGCUUUCACAUACUUCACAACAAACUUCCAGGGAAAGAUCACAAGCUCCUGUCUAUAUGACAUCCACAUCUGGCCCUGCAUGUGUGCUCAGUAAUAUUAAGAUGCUUAGAUUUUAAAUGAAUGACUGUGUGAUGCACAUUUUAUCCAGGAGGCACAAGAGGGAAAAAGAGUUUAAAAAGUUAUCUCAGGAGAAAUUUUAGCAGAGGUUGAAGAUAUAUAUUUGCCACAGUCUUUGGCACAAUUGACUUGAGAGGUUUUUUGGGGGUUUUUUUUUGGUUAAAGAAGGACAUUAAAUAUAUUUGCAUAUGGAUCCUUCAGCAAGCAGCUGUAUGAGAAGUGGCCAUUCAGCGGUACCCCUCUGGGGUUGUAUGCGGAACCCGCAGGGAGACCUGGGUCCGAAUUCAGCAUUGCACCCCUAUCAGCAAGUUUCAUUUUCUUUCCACCAAAAACCUGACUUUGCUGCAUAUUCAGAUUUUUCUGCGUCAUGCUUAGCAACUGCACCCCACAGCUUCCCUCGCGAGGAAAGACUUUACGCAGAACAGCACCACACUUUCCAUCAUUCGGACUGGCACUUUCCUGCUACCGAAGCCAGGAGAAGACUAAAUCCAGAGCUGGCAUUGAGUUCGGGAGAGUUAGAAAACAGUAGCCCGAAUUUAGUAGACAGCUCCGGAUGUGUCAAUGAAGAUUAUGGGGUGUCAAGUGGUACACAACAGGAAACAGAAAAAAAGACUUUAAAGAGAAAAAAAGACACCCCUGAACAUGUGGACCCCAUAACCAGGCCAGAAACAAACAGUAAAGCCCGGAAAGAAAGAACAGCUUUCACCAAAGAACAGCUGCGGGAACUUGAAGCAGAAUUUGCACAUCAUAAUUAUCUUACCCGGCUUCGGAGAUAUGAGAUAGCUGUGAACCUAGAUCUCACUGAAAGACAGGUUAAAGUCUGGUUUCAGAACCGAAGGAUGAAAUGGAAGCGUGUUAAAGGAGGACAGCCUGUGUCACCCACUGAACAUGAUGCAGAUGACAUGGACUCCACAGCUUCUCCUAGUUCUGAAUAAAACUCUACAAUCUGCACAAACUCUACAUCAAAAACUUUAUAUUCCUAGGACCUCCUCUCUUAGGACCACAAGCUUGAUUUCCCAAGCUCGAUUUUUCUUUUUUUUUAAUAUUUUUUUACAGCUUUUGUAUAUAUCUUGGCUAUGAGAUCACAGUUUUGAAGAAUGAGUAUGUUGUUGGAUCGCCUAGCUUCUUGACAAGGACAACUGAACGGCACCCAACAUCUUGGCUACCAUAAAGUUUAUCUCCAUCUUUCUUCAUGUAAAGUGAAUGCAAACUGAACUAGUCAUUGGAGUUUGCUUCUUCAGGAUGAUUCCUCCUUUCUAGUAACAUGGAAAAAAACCUAAAAUAUAUUUUUUUUUCAUUAUGUUUUUAUUUUCCCUUAACCUGUAGUAAUGAAAGAGAAAGAAAUUGGUCUAAAGAUUUCUUUUAAUGUUUAUAAUUUAUGUCAUUAACCAUUUUUAUUAGAACACUACUCACUGAGCACUAUUCCGAAUACUCAGUAACAAUUCUGUGCUAAAAUACUAUUUAAAUAAAUUUAAAUUUGAUAUGUUAAAUAUAUUUUUGGAGAAGCAGACUUUGCCAGGUAAAUUUUCCAUUUGAGAGAAUUUUGUAUUCUCAGAAUUUAAGAUGCAACCUACAUGCCCCCAUACUAGGCACUAGGUUCCGCUUUAAUAAAUACAUGACACCAAAAAGGGGUUAUAAAGGCUGCAGCUUACUUUAUUGAACACAAUAAAUAAUAUAACCCUUACAUAGCCAAAUAAACAGUUAAAGGUUUUACCUAAAAUCCCAAGGUGCUUGCCCAGCCACAACACGUGCCCCUCCGUCUCAAUGAGAAGGGCACGCCCCAUUGAACGACAUCCUUCCCUGCCAAUCAAACAGGAAGUAUCAACAAUCUGAACUUUGAUCAAACCAUCAUAAAUAGGCAAGCACCCCCGCCACACCCAAGCUGCGACAUAUAAACCAAGCCAAAUAAAAAAAGGGGAGGGAGGGAGCUUCUCCUCGCAAGUUCUGGUCCAGACUGAUUUCUUCCCGCUCUUCACCGCCCCCUCUCCUCCUGAAGCCAAACCACCUGACCUCAGAAUAACCCCUCCACUUGUCCUCCAUGGGGGUCAUGUAUCCCUUUCUUCAAUUUUCUUUCAUACAGGGUUUCUCUAUAUGAAAAAACGUUACCUUUUCUUACUUUUCUUAAAAAUUAUUGAUCGACAUGCUUUCUAUGAAAAAGCAUUUAGCUCUCUUCCCCAAAACUUUACUAUUCAGUCAACUAUUUUAUUAUAUUACAUUGCGAGAGUAACUGUGUAAAGGCUUUUAUUAAUAAAACAUAUGGUUUUUAAA